UUUAACCCGCGUCUAAAAAAUCUACGCGGUUCGUUCUCUCACGACGUUGUUCUUUGUUAGGGUUUCCACUCUCCCCCUCGUAGGCGGCCAUGGAAAAUUCCUCCAAGAAGCGCAAGGUCGACGAGAACGGCGCGGCCUUACCAUCUCUGUCGGCUAAUCUGACCCCUGAAGAUGCCCGUAAAAUCAUCGAGUCUUUCAACCAGGAGCAGCUCAUGAACAUCGUCGCGGAGGCCAUUUGCCGUGACGAGGCCACCCUGGAUUUCGUGCGCCAGAUCGCUGACCGCGACCCCGUCCAGCGCAAGCUUUUCAUCCGCGGCCUUGGAUGGGAGACGACCACUGAGAAGAUCCGGUCCCUCUUCUCCAGUUAUGGUGAAUUGGCGGAGGCCGUGGUCAUUCUCGACAAAGUUACCGGAAAGAGUAAGGGUUACGGAUUCAUCACUUUCCGACACAUCGAUGGCGCGAUUCUUGCCCUCAAGGAGCCCAACAAGAAGAUUGAUGGCCGCGUGACUAUCACCCAGCUUGCCGCCAAUGGAGUUUCCGGCCCCACGGCUCCCACUCCUUCUACUUCCGAUGCUUCCCUGCGGAAGAUCUUUGUUGGGGGUGUCCCUGCUGAAAUGCCCUUUGAUCGUCUGCGUGCCCUCUUUAGCUCUUAUGGGGAGAUAGAGGAAGGGCCACUGGGGUUUGAUAAGCAGUCGGGCAAGUUUAAGGGCUAUGCCUUGUUCAUAUACAAGACUGUGGAAGCAGCUCAAGCGGCUCUUGUUGACCCUGUAAAGAGUAUUGAUGGGAAUACCUUGCAGUGCAAGCUGGCCACCGAUGGGAAGAAGGGGAGAUCUGGGACUGUUAUUCCAGGUGCUGGGGUGCCAGGGAAACCACUGGUAGGCAGUGGAGGUGAUGGCCAUGGUGAUGGGCUCGGGAUGGGUUCUCAGUCCUCAAUGCCUGGCUCGUUCUCAAGCCAGUUUGGUGGCCCUGGUGGUGGCUUGCCUUCAUAUGGUGGUUUCUCUGGCAGUGGUGGGUUCCCUGUAGUUGCGGCAGGUAUUGGCCAAAAUCAUCAUCUGAACUCGGCUUUGCAAUCAUCCACUGGCUUAGGAAAUUCCAGUUUGUCAUCUCUGGGUGGUCAGGCUCCUCCUUCUCUAGGGGGAUCAGGAGUUGGGAGCUAUGUGGGAAGUGGUCUAAAUGGCGGGCCAUAUGGUUCUUCAUUGCAGUAUCCAGGCUCUGGUGGCUAUGGAGGUUUGGGCAUGGGUUCUUCAUAUAAUCGCAUACCAACAAGCUCUGGUGGCAUGCCUUCUAUUGGUUAUCCUGAUGGCGGACCAUAUUCUUCUUCUUCUUCCAUUUACCAAGCUCAACACCAUCAGCCCGCAGGGUCAUCUCCUGGAACUCGGUUUCCACCUGGUGGGGGGAUGUAUCACAACAUUCCCCAUUAUUUUUAAGGUGUCUGACAACUCUUGGGAGCAAAUGCUUUGAAUGGUUUUGCUGAAUGCUGCUUUGAUGAUGUUUGCAAAAUCUUUGAUGAUGCUUCUGCUUAUCUGCUCUGCAGUUCGGUUUACUCUGCUUGUUGUUUGGAUUCACUAGAAAUAGUAUUUUAAGAACCAGUGAACUUUGUUGUGUGGAAUCUUUUCAAUUUUCUUUUGCACUUGUUGUUCUUAGAUAUAUAAUCUAGUAGAUGAAGUUUGGUAUGUUUAGUAGGUAAGUUAACCGCUUGCUACUUCCAAUGUUUGAUGUUUCUGAUUUCUCCAGCAAGGCUAAACUUCAUAUGUCCAGGAUUGUAAUUCUAGUAGUUAUAUGCUCGAACGUUUUACUGUGCGACUUGCCCACCCAAUUUGACUAUGUUUCCCAUAUGGUAAGAGGAUUUCUGA